AUGGAAGACGAUAUUAUUCUAACAAAAGAGUUGCCUUUAGAAGAAAAAAUAAAAAUUGUUAACGGUUUCUUGCUUGAUAGUCCUCCUGGUGAAAUCACCGAUGUAAUUACUGAUCUACAAACAUUGAUGAGUGAUGAUGCCGCUUUUGAAGAAGGAAUAUUAUCUACUCUAGAAGAGUAUAAUACAGAGCAAUACAUAACAGUGAAACUGCCUGAACAAAAACAUGAAGUAAUCAUUUCAAAAUAUGGACAAUUAGAGAGUGAUCUUUUCAUUGAUCCAAAGUCACGUCAAAUUUUCCGAUUUAAUCAUCUGCGUCCAGAAGCAACCCUCGUUGAAGCACUCGAACCAGAUGAAGAAACCGAACCAUUAAGAGCUGCACUAGAAACGGCUGUCGAGGGUUACGUUAUUGAUCACUAUCCAAAAGGUGUUUCAGCUGUUUACUCCAAGGAUCAAAAGUUAACAAUAGUUAUUGUCGACAAUAAAUAUAACAGUGAUAAUUUCUGGCAAGUAAUUGAUUCGGGCGAAAUCAAAGGAAAUGUCAAAGCUAACGUACACUAUUACGAAGAUGGGAAUGUUCAAUUGAAUUGUAAUAAGGAUUUUGAGUUAACAACAAAUACGAAUUUUGAUAAACAUGCAUCAGCAGCCGCCGCAUAUCUAAAGCAAAUCGGAAAAGCAGAAAAUGAAUUUCAGGCUUCAUUAAUCGAAGCUUAUGCGGAUCUUUCCGACAAUACAUUCAAAAGUUUGAGACGUGCACUUCCUUUAACACGAAACAAAUUGGAUUGGGAUAAGAUAUCUAAUUACAAUAUCGGGCAAGAGUUAUCUAAAGAAAAAUAA